UUAGCCUUAAUGCGCCCCAGCAGCUCCGCCGCCGGAGUGGGUACGGCCCAUCCCAAGCAGCAGUACCCCCCCACCCCCGAUGGGACUCCCCCGGCAGGCGCCAGAACAGCCCGAGGUGCCGGCGCAGGGCGGGACGGGAGCUGUAGUCCCGGUUUAGCCGCGCACCGCCCCCCCUUCGCCCCGGCUCCAGCCCUCAGCCGCUCUUGCCCCCCUCAACCUCUACAGCCGACGGCACCGCCUGGGGUGCUCCGUCCUGCGGGCCCUUCGCUUCACGCCAUUCCGGCGCCUGCCACCCUCUCCGCCCAACCCACCCGCCCGCCCCUCCCGGAGCGGCUCUCUGCCGUGAGGUUCAAAAUGGAUAGUACAUUCCAGGAAACACCUACACUUGAAGCUUCUUAUUCAGAAAAUAUUGAUGCUAUGCUGUCCUUUCUGCCUGAAAGACUAAGAAAGAAACUGCUUCCUUUUCAGGAGAAAGGCAUCAUAUUUGCACUUCAGAGAAGUGGCAGGUGUAUGAUUGCUGAUGAGAUGGGGCUAGGUAAAACAAUUCAAGCAAUUGCCAUUUCCUAUUACUACAAAAACGAAUGGCCUCUCUUAAUUGUAGUGCCUUCAUCUCUGAGAUACCCUUGGGUUGAUGAGAUGGAGAAGUGGAUUCCAGAACUCUCUCCAGAUGAUAUUAGCAUCAUUCAGAACAAAACUGAUACGGGGAGAAUAUCAACCAGCAAAGUAACGAUUCUGGGGUAUGGCCUGUUAACUUCUGAUGCACAGACUUUAGUAGACACUUUGUACAGGCAGAACUUUAAGGUAGUUGUGAUUGAUGAAUCACACUACAUGAAAUCCAGAAAUGCUACCCGCAGCAAGAUUUUGUUGCCAAUCGUGCAGAAAGCUCGUAGAGCUAUUCUUCUUACUGGAACGCCUGCGCUAGGAAGACCUGAAGAGCUUUUCAUGCAGAUUGAAGCACUGUUUCCAAGAAGAUUUGGAACUUGGACUGAAUAUGCCAAAAAAUACUGCAAUGCACGUGUCAGGUUUUUUGGUAAAAGAACUCAAUGGGACUGUAGAGGAGCUUCAAAUUUAGAAGAACUACAUCAACUUUUAAGUGAAAUAAUGAUCAGAAGACUGAAGAAGGAUGUUCUAACUCAGUUGCCUCCCAAAGUUAGGCAACGUAUUCCAUUUGACCUCCCACAAACUGCAGCUAAGAAUUUGAAUACCACUUUUGCAGAGUGGGAGAAAUUAAUGAGAAAUCUGAAUUCAGAUGCCACUGAAAGCCACUUUUCUCAAGUCAUGAAUCUAAUCACACGCAUGUAUAAAGAAACAGCCAUUGCCAAGGCAGGAGCGGUAAAGGACUAUAUCAAAAUGAUGCUUGAAAAUGACAAACUGAAGUUUCUAGUUUUUGCUCAUCACUUAAGCAUGCUUCAAGCCUGUACAGAGGCAGUUAUAGAAAAUAAGGUUCGCUACAUACGAAUAGAUGGAAGUGUUCCUUCCUCAGAAAGAAUACAUCUUGUUAAUCAGUUUCAGAAGGAUCCUGACACCCGGGUUGCUAUUUUGAGUAUUCAGGCAGCUGGUCAGGGUUUAACUUUCACUGCUGCUACUCAUGUUGUGUUUGCUGAAUUAUAUUGGGAUCCAGGCCAUAUUAAGCAAGCAGAAGACAGAGCACACCGAAUUGGGCAGUGCAGUUCUGUGAAUAUUCACUUCCUUAUUGCAAAAGGAACAAUGGACACUCUUAUGUGGGCAAUGCUGAAUCGCAAGGCCAAAGUAACAGGCAGCACCUUGAAUGGCAAGAAAGAGAAAAUGCAGGCUGAGGAAGGUGAUAAGGAGAAAUGGGAUUUUUUGAGUUUUGCCGAGACCUGGACCCCAAAUGAAAGUUUAGAAGAUCCCAAAAAUGAACUUUUGUUUACUCAUUUUGAAAAGGAAAGACAGCAUGACAUACGUUCUUUCUUUUCCCCAAAAUCCUCCAAUGAGAAGAAACGCAAAAUAUUUUCUGGUAAUGAAUCAUUACAUAAUGAUUCAGAAUCUUUUGAAGUUACAAAAGAAGAGGAUGAAGAGAAGAGCAAUGAAAACCUGGAUUCUACAACAAUAGGUGACGUGGAUACAAUUUGUCAUGAAAGUACCUGUGAACGUGAAGCUAAAAGAGCAAGAAGCAUGAGUGGAUCUACUCCAGUCAACUCCAGCAAGAAAAAACAAAAAUCUUUGACUGGAAAAAAGCCCUCUUUGUUUUCAGAAAGAACCUAUGAAGUCUUACCUUGUGACUUAAAUACUUCAAGCAAAAGUAUGGCUUUAAAUAAAGUUUGGCACUGUAGUGUUUGCACUUAUAGUAAUAAUGAAUUGCUCCCUUACUGUGAAAUGUGCAAUUGCCCUCAAAGCAGUAAUGUUGAGAGAAACUGUGAAGCUACUGCUAGCCAGACUGAGGAAGAUGUGUCAAAGGACUCCAGAAGUGAAGAAAGCACAGUGUGCAGUGCUGAAGAUAGAAGAGAAGAUUCUGGGGAAACGGUGACCCAGCAAUUUGUUGAAAUCAGCAAACAGGAAACUGUUGCAAUUGAAAAUGAAAAAAGUGAAAAAAAGUGUGGAGAAGGAGAUGUAGAUGAAUCAGAUGCAUUUCCAAUAUAUGAUGGUCUUAUGUUUUGUGCAAGCAGGAAUACUGAUAGAAUUCACCUCUAUACAAAGGAUGGUGAACCACUGAAUCAUAAUUUCAUCCCAUUGGACAUACAGCUGGAUAACUGGGAGGAUUUACCAGAAACUUUCCAGUAUAAACGAAAUCGUUCAUUGAUACUGAGGUUUGUGAAGGAAUGGAGUCAUCUAACAGCAAUGAAACAGAAGAUUGUCAGAAAGAGUGGUCAGAUAUUUUGUAGUCCUAUUCGUGCUGCAGAGGAGUUGUCUAAAAAGCAGUCGGUGGUCAGCAGCACAAAAAGGUACGUGACCAAGGAGGAUGUAGCAGCAGCCUCACUUAGCAAAGCUAGCAGCAGCGGGGGCAGCGUUCGCCUCAUCUCGAAAGAAAGUGGGGUUUGUCUGAAGAAUGACAGUGCUUCUCUUGAACCAUCAGGUCAUUCCACAAAGUUGCUUUCAGAAAAUGGAAAAGGCCCAUCAGCUCUUCACUCGGAGCAGACUGAAGCUGAAGGCUCCUCCGUCCCCAGAGGCUAUUUGCAAGCCCUGGACAGCCGAGGGAACCCUCUCUGCCUCAGCUGCCAACAGCCAACAGCUCAGCCUGCGCCGGGCUGCCAGGCCCGUGCCUGGGACACGCGAUUCUGCUCUCACACCUGCCAGGAGGACUUCUCGAUUCGCUCUAGUCAGAGCUACCUCAGGACUAAAGUGUUUGAAAUUGAACAUGGUGUUUGCCAGUUUUGUAAUGAAAAUGCUCAGGAGCUUUAUCUCAGCAUCAGAGAUGCACCCAAGAGUCAGCGUAAGAAAAUUCUGGAGAGUUCUUGGAUGUCUUCCCUUCCACUCGCACAGCUGAAUGAAAUUAUAACGAGCCCGACAGAAGGCCAGUUCUGGCAGGUCGACCACAUCAAGCCUGUUUACAGUGGAGGAGGACAGUGCUCCCUGGAGAACCUCCAGACCCUGUGUACGGUCUGCCACCGAGAGAGAACUGCAAAACAGGCCAAGGAAAGAAGCCAGAUGAAGAGACGUUCUUUAACUACAAAGUAUGGCUGCGAUAUCACAAAAUUUUUUGUGAAGAGGUAAAAUGGAAAAUAUAUUCAAUUACGUUAUAACUCAGAAACCAGUAUAGUUAUGUAGCUUUCCUCAUGCACUGAUUUAAAAAAAAAAAAAUAAUCAUUUUUGUAGUCUAUCAUGCUGUUAGUAGAAAGAAGAUGGAAUUAAAACUAAGAAAUCGUAACACUGCUUGUCAGAGGGCCUUGGGUCUGUGCAUCCAAGGUACUUGAUCAUGGUUAUAUUUUUAUGACCCUGUGGUUUAAGCUGAAUUUCUGUGUGUAACCUUAAUGCAAUUUUGAAGCAUUACUAUUUUCAUACUCCAGUGUAGUUAUAGCUGCAAGGAUUUGAGGAAGUUCUGUUGAAACUUCUGUUGGUCUUAAAGGGUUGAGUGGGAGUGGGGACAUUAUGGACCAAGAAGAUAUCUUAGUUUAUUUUCUUUGUUCACAUACCAAAAUGGCCAAAGAAAACACAGGCCGUGAUAUCUGUUAUGACAAAAAGUGUGAUUUCUCUUUUCUAAAAUUGUCUUAUCCAGUUCUGAUCAGCUGUGAAAGGCCGACUGUUGGCACUGGGCCUGACAUGUAAGACUUUGGCAUUUACAAUUAAUGUCUACUGAAAUUCAUUUUUACUUAAACCAGCUUGUAUUAAAAACUUACUCAUGAUAAGGAACAAUAAAUAUUACCAAUUAUCUCAUCAAAAGUAGUUUCAUAUUUUCCUUAAGAUUGGAGAUGCUGGUUAUUUUGGACUGUUCAUGUAGCUUUCUUUACACUUAUUUCAUAUAAAUACAUUUCUAUUUUUCCUGGUGAUUUUUUUUAUGCUUUACCUGUCUCUCCCCCCCUCCCUUGAGUGCUGUAAGCCAGGGGUAAGUUCAUAAAGCACAUCUGUACAGCCCGUAUCUUCUUCUGAAAGUACAUGUCUGCAAUUUCAAGUACAUCUAGUGAAAAUAAGCUGAAAAGCUUUCUAGGUUAUCCUUAUGAGAAAAAUUCUUCAAGUUUUAAACAUUCUUUUUAACAUUCCGUUAAAUCUUUAAGAUAAGGCAGUGGCAUGAGUGCACCAUUUUCUAUAAAGCGAAACUAACUCGACUUUUCCAGCAAAGACACCUUUAGGUAACUGCCUGAAAGAAGUGUUACAUGAUGUUUGUGUUCUCCAAGUAUAAUUAAAGAAUCAUCACUUCAGCAGUUUAAAAGACCAAGUGAGAACAAAGCGAGGGAUUUCUAAGCUCAUACAGCCCUUACCAGAGGCCACGCUUUGAUGUAAAAUUUCAUGAAGACAGUGCAGCAGGAGAGGAGGAAACUGAGACUAUCAGGAAGGAAGCUUAAGAAGUUAAAGAUUAUUUGUUCACUAAUUAGCCUGGUGCAAUUUCUUUUAAAGAAGCUAGACAGUUAAGCAGCAGCUAAACUUGUCUUUGUCUUUCUCAGCCCUUUUAGCAGAGAAAUGUGCCUCAGGUGAAAACACAAAUGGCCUGGAGAACAAACUCUGUGACAAGAUUUUCUCUGAAGAAAAUUAACUCUUUAUCCUGAAAACUGUAUUUCUGUUUGAUACAGAUUUAUCUGAGGGAAACACUCUAGCCCCUGACCUCUCUCCUCUCAAAGAAGUUUUAGGGUAUCGCCUGGGACCUUACUCUUUGGACAGAGCUUAACUUUCUAUGUUUAGUGUAGUCACAGUCAUUACCAGGGCUGGUCCUGGGUCAACUUAUGCAAGGAUGACAUUUAACAAGUAUUUUGACGAAAUCUAGACUGGCGCUCACAGAGGUGUGAGAGCCAAUAAUAAGUUCAGAUUUAUUGAGUAAUGUCAACAAUACUGUAACUGUUUUUACAUUUCAUUCUGUAAAGUAAUGCUGAUCUUUUGCCAAUUCUCAUUAAAACAGAUGAAGAUCACUGUAAAGCAACAUUGGCACAUCCACAUCAUAGUGUUUGCAUGACAUCCUGUGGGGUUAGGUUACAGCAGGUGAUGGAGUUGUUUCAUCAUAUCAGAUCAAAGCCACAGUAGGCAUUCAGAUGGUCUCAAACUACCAGCAAGUUGCUCAGAGUGAAACACCACUGCACGUGUCCCUUACAGCCAGCUCUGUACACAAGGGCCGUGGAAGGAUGAUCUAAAGUAUCCAAAACCCGCAGUGAUCCACUUCAGGCUAUCCAGCUUACUGUCCAGCUCAAGCCCCAAAUACAUUUAUUUCUGUUUGGGAAAAGUGUCCAAGACAAUAUCUUUUUGGACAACUGCUGCAAUGCUAGGAGGGUGUUGUAUUAACUAAAAUGUACUGUAGACUUUAAAUAAUAAGUCUAUUUUAGGAGUAUUUGCAACUUAGUGAUUAACCAAAAAAUACUGGGCUCAAUGUUUAUUAUUAGCAAUAAAUACCAAUUACUUCAUGCUUGCACAUCAAUUUAAGUAGACUAAUGUCACCUGAUAAAGUCUGAUUAAGAACUGUAAAGCAGCACAUUCUGCAUGAAUUUCAACAUGAAGUGUUUGCAUACAGCCCAUUCAUGUCCAUUAUUAAAUAAGCUAAUGCAAAAAAAAAAAAAAAAAAAUA